GUUAAGUGGUACCGUGGUACCACGAAGUGUGUUUCUCGGACUCCAUAUGUUCGCUCCUUUUCGGCAGAGUAAUAUUAUGUGAACAAUAAUUUUUCCGGAAGCAACACCCGUAAAAUGGGUUCCAAAAUUGAGUACGUGGAUUCCAGCCAAAUUUACGCCACUAGUUACGUAAGGAAUUCCAAAGCUGUAGGGGUGUUAUGGGCUAUAUUUACUAUUUGUUAUGCUGUCAUAGGAAUCGUGGCCUUCAUCACUACGGAAUGGAUAGGUACAAUCAAUGGCGAUAAUCCAGGAAAAAUUGGUUUAUGGGGCGUAUGCUCGCUGGACGAAAAUGCUGAACCCUGCAAGGAAAAUUUUUGGGAACAUUUUAUGGACAUCUCCAAUGAAUUCCAGGCUGCUACGGCCUUCGUGGGUCUGGCCGCGGUGACAGGGAUUUUGACCGUAUUCGCAAUGUUAUUGUUUUGUUUUUGCCAUUCGACGACCGUUUACCACAUUUCUGCUUGGCUGCAAUUGAUCUCGGCUGCUUGCAUGAUAGCUGGCUGUGCAGUAUUUCCUGCUGGUUGGAACUCGGACAGUACGCGUAAAAUUUGUGGCGUGGCAGCAGACAGAUAUUCGUUGGGCGAAUGCCAGAUUAGAUGGACUUAUAUUCUGGCGGCCAUUGGAUGUUUGGAUGCUGUAAUUUUGUCCACUUUGGCUUUUCUAUUAGCCCUUAGACAUAUCAGGCUGCAGCCAGAUCCGCAUUAUUCGACGAGUCCUAGUUUGUUUAAAGGUGAAAUGAAUGGAGCUUUCAUGGGCGACUCGGCCAGCGUAGCAGGUUCAAGAAAGUCUUUGAGCAUCCACCAUCCAGUUCUUCUAGUCCAUCCCGGCCAAGACGAUACUUAUUCGCAAUUUUCACAGAGAACUGUACCGAGAUCCAUACACUCUGGACACUAUUCUCAUCCAAAUACACUUCACAGAAACAUAUAAAUUAUUAUUCUAAAAUAUAUUUAGGUACUUAAUAUUUUUUUAUUUUUUUUACGAAAUAUUUAUAAUUUAAAUUUAACUGGAAUAAAAGUUAUUUUUU